GAGGGAGGGAGAGAGUGGGAGGAGAGAGAGAGAUAGAGAGAGAAUGUGAGCAGCAUGCAGCAGGCAGGGAGCAGGCUUAGUUCAGGCACAUGGCCAGUGAAUGAGAAAGCUAUUUUUUCUCUCUUCAGCACGCAAAUACACACUCUCUCACUCUGACUGGAUUAUUGCAACUACAGGACACAUACAGGACCUCUGUACCCUUAUCUGCCUUGACGCCAGAUACCCCCGGACCCAGACCCUAACCCAGGCAGCCAGCCCACCUCUCUCCCCCUGCUAGGCUGUCAUUGACCUCUCUCUCCUGUGCCCGACAGGAUGGCUGAGGCUGAACUUCACAAGGAAAGGCUCCAAGCCCUCGCGGAGAAAAGGAAAAGACAGUCAGAGAUUGAAGACAAGAGGAGACAGCUGGACGAUCUGGUGCUGCAGCUCCAACAUCUCAAGUCUAAAGCCAUGAGAGAGCGCUGGCUCCUACAAGGCACGCCCCCCGGAGCUAACGACGAAGACGAUGGUCGAAGACGACAGCUGGAGAAGGACGAAGAGCAGGGGAAGAGACUGGAGGACACCAUUCACAGGUUGGAGUCAGAGAUUGGUCUGUUGGAGAGCGAGGAGUGUCAAAUCUCAGCUAAAGAACAGAUCCUCAGAGAGAGACUGAGAAAGACUGAGAGGUCCAUAGAAGACCUACAGAAAAGUCUUCAGAAUGAACAUGAUGCUGUGAGUAACGCCUUUCCCCAGCAGCCAGACCACAUCCCCGACCAGCCAGACAGCAGAGACUCUACCACCACCUCUACUCACCAGGCCCCAGCCUCAGCAGCACCUGCCUCUGGUGAGCACCCAAGGAAACCUGCAAUGUACGCCAUGGAGAUCAACGUGGAGAAGGACAGGAAGACAGGCGACACCAGGAUCCUGUCAGCGUCUUCCGUCAGCCCUGACGAGGUGCCCCAGCGUGGGGUCAAGGUCUUCGACGACGGCCGGAAGGUUGUCUAUGAGGUCCGCUCGGGGGGGUCCACCACCCUGGAGAACGGGGUUCAUCCCUGGAGCGCCCAACAGGUGGACGAGCUGAUGCAGCGGGUCGGGGUGCCCGCCGGCAAGGCCGAGGGGGGUAAGGCUAAGGUUACUGUCACUCCUGUUGGCGCUGGUGACACCAAAACCUCCCCCAGCUCCGCUGACCGCACAGAUGAGCUCCAUACCAUCUACACCAACCCCCCAGCCAUUCGUAGCCCUACCACCAUGGCCCACAAGGUGCCCCAAGCUCCAGGCGCCCCUAUCACCACCCAGCCUCCACCCCGUCGGGAGGUGACCUACGAGGGGGAGGUGAUGGAGGUUCCCCAGGCAACGGCGGAGAAGCCGGUCACCAUGAUCUUCAUGGGCUACCAUAAUGUAGACGACCAGGAUGAAACCAAGAGGCUGCUGGGAUUCGACGGCACCAUCAAGGCUGAGAUCGUCCUGAUCGACGACGACGACGAGAAGUCGUUACGGGAGAAAACGGUCACCGACGGUUACUCCGUAAUCGACGGCAACGCCGCCGACCUGGUGUCUGGCGCACGGCCGCUCAGCGACACCACCGAACUGUCGUCGGAGGGGAAGGACGAGAGCUCUGCCACGGCCACCAAGGAACUCCCCUCCCCAGCAGGUAAAGGACAGACUCCUCAAGUAACCAUGUCUACAGGAAACAGGAUGGUGUCUAAACCAGCCAUCACUGCUAUGAAAUCAGAGGAUGCCAGUGAUGAUCUGAAGAGAGACAGAACAGAGAGAAAGAGCGUCAGUUUUCUUGACUCUGUCAGUGUGAUCUCAACGGGCGGAGGAGACAGCAGUACCACCACCAGCAUCAUGGAGGUGGAGGCCCACCCUGAUACCUGCUACACCAGCCAAGGGCUCAACAGCCUGGGCAAAAAACACCAGACCCAACCCCUGGACACAGAGGUGGCCCAGGAGAUAGCCUACCUGGAUGAGGUGUUGGAGGCAAACUGCUGCGACCCAGAGGUUGAUACCAUGCCAUUGCCCUCUAACGGGACAGCGAAACCUGAGAGAGACCCCAGGGAGGUCAGUAUUGACGGAACUGGUCCGUCCGUCCACGUCUCCAACACAGACACACAAUCCCCACAGACCAAUCAUGAGAUCAUAGUAGAAGGCAUUAAGCAAACCACCUUCAUAGACCACCAGGAAGUCAAUAACACCAGCAACUCCAAACCCGACGGCCACUCUGGCCCAAUUGGAGAGCAUGAGAACUACAGGAACCAGGGAGGAGAGACAACACCCCCCACUGUGAUGACCAUCAAGAAGGAGGCACGUUUCGAGCUGCGGGCAUUCCAGGAGGAGAAGAAGCCUUCCAAGCUGUUCGACCCGUGUGAGAAGGAGGUGCGCGUGAAGAAGGUGCGUCCGUCAGAGGAGGUGGCAGAGCUGGAGAGGGAACGGCUGGAGCUGAUCCGAGGCCAGGCCGUGAAGAAGAACCCUGGCAUGGGCACAAAAUGGUGGAACCCUCCUCAGGAGAAAAGCCUGGAGGAGGAGCUGGAGCCAGACAAACUUGAGUCACACAGGAAGUACGAGGAGAGGAAGCAGCAGCGGAGGUCAGAGAUCACCUGGGGGUCGUCCCAGACGUACGCCCAGUACUCCCUGACCUUUGAGCCCGGCUUUGACCCUGAGUCCAACCGGGACCCGGCAGAGGUUCUCCAGAGCACCAAGGAGGACAUCGUUGUGGAGCAGAUAGACUUCUCCGCCGCCAGGAAGCAGUUCCUCCAGAUAGAACACGCCAGGCAGCAGCAGGCCGAGAGGUCACAGGUCACAGCCCCGAAGAGAGGCGUAGCACCUCAGCUCUACUCGGCCAAGCCCUUCUCCAGAGCGCCAGACAGCGUCACCCAUGUGGAUAGAUCCUCCAGCUCCGCCAGUAGUUGCCUGGGCUCGCCACUAGAGGCCAACGACGUCACCACCACCACAACUACAGUCAGGACAGAGGGGAUCUACUGCAGCCAGGGAGAGGCCCAGUCCCCCACUACUACUUUGGGACAGGGAGAGCCCAGGAACAGUGGCCCCAAGGAGGCCUCGAUGGACAACAGAGAAGGCGAUGGAGACUUCACCUGUGCCCGGGCCGUCAUGACCAUCCUGAAAGAUGAGGGAGACUCUGAGCUGUGUUCCUCAUCCCUGUCCCUGCAGCAUCGUUCCUCCUCCCAAUCCUUCCACUCCCCCAGCACCUCCCUGUCCUGCCACCCAGAGGAGUGUGACUCCGGGCUGGACGAGCUCUCCCUGCGUUCCCAGGAUACUACUGUUCUGGAGACCCUGUCCAACGACUUCAGCAUGGACAACAUCUCCGACAGCGAUGCGUCCAAUGAGACCAUGUCGGCCUACCUGGGGGAGACGUCUCUGGGGGAGUACUCCUUCCCCUCCACCCCCCAGGCCACCACGCCCGUCAAUGGCAAGAUGGAGGAAGGCACCCUCAGGUCCCCCGGGGAGCGGCGCCUUGGUCGGGGUCCGUCGGAGGAAGAGCUGGAGUACCAUGCAGAGCUCCUGGUGCAGACUGCCAUCCAGCAUGCCCUUAUGAACCAGUCACAGCAGGGCGAAGAGUGGCAGGGGAUCCCCCGUGCCGCCCCACAGUCCUUCCCCUACCCGCUCCCAGAGAGGCACCUAGACUUAGACGUCCUGCCGCCAUCUUCUGGGAUGCUCUCACCUCCACCCCUAGAGCACCAGUCACCCACACCCCUAGACCACCCUCCAGCACUCCUAGAUCUCCACUCACCUCCAUCCCCCCAACUCCGCUCACCCCCAAGCUCACUGCAGCAGUGGCCAACACCUCACCAGUCCCUCCAGUCACCCCCACCCCAGUACCAAUCAAGUCCAUCACAAACCCCCCAGCAGCAGUCACCACCAGCUCACUUCCAGUUAAGUCCAACCCAACAUCAGUCUCCUCCCCCCAGCAGCAGUCCCCCCAGCCCAGAGUGAGAAACC